UCCAGGGCCGCUCUCUCUCCCGCGCACGCCCCGCCCCUUUUCCCAUGCCCCCGCCCCCGUCCCGGAGGCGCUUCCAUAACCGGAGCCUGCGCUCUUGCGCACCACCGAUCGCACCAUGGAGGUUUUCAUCCCGUCGUUCCGCUAUGAGGAGAGCGAGUUGGAGAGGGGCUAUACGGUCUUUAAGAUAGAGGUACUAAUGAAUGGACGAAAGCACUUUGUUGAAAAGCGGUAUAGUGAAUUUCAUGCUCUUCAUAAAAAGCUUAAGAAAUGCAUAAGAACACCAGAAAUCCCUUCGAAGCAUGUAAGGAACUGGGUGCCCAAAGUUCUGGAACAGCGUCGGCAAGGCCUGGAAGCUUAUUUGCAGAGUAUUAUUUUAGAAAAUGAAGAGCUUCCCAAAAUUUUCCUUGACUUCCUCAGCAUCCGUCAUUUUCCUUCUCUCCCAAAAGCAGAAAGCUGUGGCUCUUUUGAAGAAAUAGAAUCUGAAGAAUCAAGCAAACUGUCCCACCAGCCUGUGCUGCUGUUCCUAAGGGAUCCAUAUGUCUUGCCUGCAGCCAAUGAUGACUUUCCAAACGUAGUUAUUGAAGGUGUUCUCCGCGGAUUGUUUUAUCCUCAUCUACAGCCCAGGUAGAAAAUGGGUUUGGAUGGAUAGUAACUGAAAUACACUCGCCCUCUUCCUGGAACUGCACAUUUUUAGUAAAACUCCUAAAACAACAGAAUGUGGUCACAGUGGAGAUGAUAUUUAAUGAUGGAACAUUUCCCCUUUUAAAAUUUAUUUAGUGUAUCACUAAUAUUGCUGCUUUAAAAAUUAUGGAGAAAACGCUACUGUUGAAUCUGUCUACCCAACUCCAAAUGUUUAAAAAGCUGACAUUCAUAAGCUGAAUUACACUAACCACUUUUAUCAUGUAUUGAUUUUUUAAAAUAAUAAAAUACUACACUAAGCCUUUUGUCUCCAUGUAGUAUCCACUGCUGGCAGUGGGUACACAGGGCAACUUAUAACACAGGCAAGACCGAAAAAAAUGUUAAGAGAAUUACUGCCAAAACUUGAAAUGCAAUCUAAGCUUAUCAUUAUCAGUAUUUCUGAUGUGAUUAUAUCAUAUCUAUAUUAUCUUAAGUAUGACUUAAAUUUACUUUAGAACCCUGGCAACAAACCUUGUGCUUCCAGCCAAUAGACUGUGUUUGGUGAGCAUAACUUUCCCAUGUUAAUUAACUUGUACCAUUAUGUAACAGGAAGCAGACAGAACAUGAUGGGUAAAAAUAAUCAACUAAUAAACAUUCAGAGGUCAGUUGUCUAAGUGAACCAUAUGCAUAUAUGCUUCACAAGAUGUCAGAACCCAAAAUAAAACACUGGCAUUACAUUGCAUAUGUUAGCGUUUUACGUGCAUCUAUUUCCGGUCUAAUUCUAGUGUUUGUUAAUAGCAACCUACUCAGUUGGAUUCUUUUGUCAAUGCUUGCUGCUUUAUUAGUUGGGUGGUUGUGUUAAGGGUUAUGAAGGAAUCACAGCUUGUGGUCAGUUUCUAAACAGGACAGCCUCAAGCCAUGGAUUAUGCCCCAGAGUGUAUACCAAACCAGAUUUUAAACUAUUAUAUCUGAUUCAUAACUAGUAAUACUAAACCACGUCUUUAAAAGUGAAAGUAACCCUGCAGCAGGAGUCCCAGUGCUCUGCAGAGCAAGGGAGCACCACACAAGCCCAGCAUUUUUCUCAAGAGCCCUUCUGCUUCAUCCCCAAAGUAGCUAAUCAAGGUUUAACAUUCCAUGCAAAUGCAGCGAAUGAAAAUACUUUUACAUCUUUAUACUGUUGCGUGGCAAACAAGGCAAUAUGUUUCAGAAAACAAGAAUAGCUUUUUAGCAGAAGUUUAAUGUAUGUAUAAAAUAUCAAUACACAACAGUGGGUAUAUACUUAUUUGCAACAGUAAUACGCUCACAUUCUGCAUAUAUUGAAUUUGGACAAAUUUAAAUUCAUCAUACAUGCCAUAGCACCUGCACAUGUGUCCAUCAUUGAUGAAGGAAACCCCUGUUAUAAAAAGGAAUGGAAAGAAGAAUUCCAAAUAUUCUUUAUAUGAAAAGAGAACUGUGUCAGAUGCUUGAAGCAGAGAACAUGUUUUAGAGGAGCAGGCUGAAGGAGUGUGUUUUCCAUUCACCACAAACUACUAAAUACUUAAGUGUUUCCAGGAUGAAAUAUUUUAUAAAACCCUAUAAGCAGAUCUAUCCAUAAGGUGGAAGACUCACAUGUCCAAAGAAUGAGGGUGAGCUGUUAAUAAAAGUAGCAUAUGAAUAAUCAAAGAGCAGGAAAAAUACUGCCUUCAACCACUUAAGUCAAUACAUUCCUAAUUCCCCCCC